AUGAAUUCAACUUUGUUAACAUUUGUUUUCAAUUUGACAAGAAUUGAUAUUAAAUCAUGGUUUAUUCCUUUUGAUAUUCUAAUGAUUUUAUUUACUGUCUUAGCAGUUAUAUUCUCAAUAAUUUUUUUAUUAUGUAUUUUAAUCGAUAAAAGAUGCCAUACAAUUCCAAUGAUGUUGACUGCAAAUACAUGUUUAGCUGAACUUAUAAUGUCAAGUGAUGCAUUUUGUAUAGCUAUUUACACGUUACAUAAUGAUCUUAAUCAGAUUAAAUAUGGAGAUUUCUAUUGUAUAUUUCGUGGAUAUUUAACUUAUGUUUCAUGUGCUAUGCUUAAUUAUUCAUUUCUCUUACAAGCUUUCUAUCGAUAUGUGCUUGUUGUUCAUUCAACAAGUUUAUUUUUACAAUCAAUUCAAUUUCAAUUAUUCUUUAUUUGUAUAACAUGGAUGAUUAGUUUUGUAUAUCCGAUUGGAUUUUUAUUCAAUGGUAAUAUUAUCUACAAUGUUGACAAUCAAAUAUGUCAAAUUCCUUUGCAACUUUCAUUUUCAAUGGUUUUUCUGACACUUUGUCUUUAUAUGAUUCCAGUGUCGUUGAUAAUAUUUAUCUAUUUCAAAUUAGUUCGAUAUGUUAAAGAAAUGCGUUACCGUAUAACAGUGGUUAAUACUUUAUCUCGUGCCCGACGACAAUUAAGAAUAGUUCGUCGCACAAUCAUACUUGUAACAAUCUUAAUCGCAAUUUGUUUUGUUUAUGCAAUCUUCAUAUUUAUAUCAUUUUUUACUGAUCCUCCAAAAUAUCAUUUUCGAAUUGCUUAUGUCAUCGGUAAUUUAUCAACUUUACUAUUAAUGAUUGUAUUAUUUCGGUUUACUAAGCCAGUUAUAAUAUGUAUUAAAGAAAUAAUUAAUAGACGACUGACUUGUAUAAUAUCAAAUGUAACAUUUAACUGA